AAGCUACUUAUUUGGCUAUAUCAUAGUAUUUGAUUUUUUGAAAUUCACGCGCUUUCUUUAAGUUUACCUACCUUUUUUUUUUUAGAUGAUACUAUGACAGAAGACAUAAUUUAUCACAGCACUGGCUCUAAAUGUGCACUUAGUUUUUGUAAAAACAUAUGUAUAGAAACUGGUGGAGAAGGUCAACUAUCGUUUUUCAGUUUUCCUAAAGAUCCAGUAAGAUGUGCUAUUUGGGUUGAGAACUGCGAUUCAAAAUAUUUGCCAAAAGUAGCCGUUCAUAAUCUGAGUAGAAGAUAUAAAUUGUGUUCAUUACAUUUUGAAGACCGAAUGUUCGAUUUUCAAAAGAAAGGACUCUUAUCCAAUGCAGUACCAACAUUAUUUAAAAAUAAAGUACCAGUAAUAAAACCAGUUACAUCUAAAAAUGUUUAUAAAACUAUUACAGUAUAUAACAACAAAAUCCCACCAGCUAUCCCAAUUGAUGCUAUGCCGCCUUGUUCAAAAUAUGAUAAAGUACCAGUAAUAACAUCAGUUACAUCUAAAAAUGUUUAUAAAACUAUUACAAUAAAUGAUGACAAAAUCCCACCAGCUAUCCCAAUUGAUGCUACGACACAGUUUUGUUCAAAUUAUGAUAAAGUACCAGUAAUAACACCAGUUACAUCUAAAAAUGUUUAUAAAACUAUUACAAUAAAUGAUGACAAAACCCCACCAGCUAUCCCAAUUGAUGCUACGACACAGUCUUGUUCAAAAUAUGAUAAAGUACCAGUAAUAACAAAAGUUACAUCUAAAAAUGUUUAUAAAACUAUUACAAUAAAUGAUGACAAAAUCCCACCAGCUAUCCCAAUUGAUGCUACGACACAGUUUUGUUCAAAAUAUGAUAAAGUACCAGUAAUAACACCAGUUACAUCUAAAAAUGUUUAUAAAACUAUUACAAUAAAUGACGACAAAAUCCCACCAGCUAUCCCAAUUGAUGCUACGACACAGUUUUGUUCAAAAUAUGAUAAAGUACCAGUAAUAACACCAGUUACAUCUAAAAAUGUUAAUGAAACUAUUACAGUAGAAGACAACAAAAUCCCACCAGCUAUCUCAAUUGAUACUACGCCGUCUUGUUCAAAAUAUGAUAUGUAUAUUAGCCAACCCUUGUUUGAUAAGUCAAUUGGUAUUGGACUUCAUUCAGUAAAUCUUCAAACUCCAGCUUAUUUAUCAGCCAGUUCUCCACGAAAACGUAAACUUAGGAAGAAACUAUCUGAAGAAGUUAAUUUAAAAAAGCGAUUAGAAAAAACUGUUAUUGAAUUGAGAAAGCAAUUAGAAGAAACAAAAACUGAAAAUAACUGUCUCAAAUUGUGUGAAAUGUAUUUACCUCCAACAAUGUAUAUGUUGGUAAAAAAUUAUUUGAUGAAUAAAUAUAAAUCACCAAAUGGCCAACGAUAUCUUAAAGAAAUAACACAAUUCGCAUAUACAAUUCAUCAUCUGGGACCCAAAGCUUAUAAUUUUCUUCAAAAUCAUUUUAACCUUCCCCAUAUGCAUACUUUAAGGAAAAAAUCUAUUCAAAAUAUUGACAAAAAUGUUCAAGACACAAUUGAAAAUGACCAUAAGUACAGUAAAAUUUAAUAGUAUUAAAAACUAAUAUUUUUACAUUGUAAUAUAAGACUGAAUUGAGGUCAAACAAAAAUACAAUUUAUGUAAUGAGCUCCAUUAAUUGUUAACAUGUAUGAAAUAAUUUUAUACUAACUGUAAUAUAAAUUAUUUGUGUACAAAUUGUUUAGUUUUUAAAUUAUUUUUAUUUUGUUUUUAAAUUGAUAGAUAAAGUGGAAAUGUAAAUUUAUUUAAGUCAUUUUAUUUGUUCAAUGGGAUAUAAACAAAAUUUAAACCAUAUUGUAUAAUAUGCAAUACAUAAUAUUUGUUCCUUGGUUAGGUGUGACUUUUAUCUUUUAAUUUCCACGUAUUAUACUUACACCAGUUAUACCUAUUAGAUUGUAUACUAAAAAAUUAAGGUUAUUCAAUGUUUGUAUCAACAUGAUUAAUAAACUAUAGUCUGUUCAAAUGAGAUCAGUACCGAGCGGCUACCAGUUUUCAUCAGAGAACACCUGUUUGUUAUUCCCCUUAGUCAAGUAUCUGUAAGCCUACCACGUAUUGUGAACCAUGCUUAUGCCAUUGAUUAUAGAAUAGACUAUUCUCUAUUCCUCUAUAACUUUUAACAAAUCUAUUAAUAGAACAUAUUUAUUGUGUUAA